AUGGCUUCUAUUCUUCAACAGUUCAUGCAAAGUCAAACCACCAUAAAUAACCAAACUUCUCAAGCCAUCAAUGACAUAAGGAAUAAUUUGACCAAGCUGAACACAACCUUGAGUGCGCAAGAGAAAGGAAAAUUUCCGUUUCAACCCCAACCAAAUCCUCAAGUCCAAAUUUCUGCCAUAGAGUCUUCAUCUUCUUCAGAAGCAAAUGUCAGGACUUGGAAGGCUGUAAUAACUCUCCGUAGUGGCAAAGAAGUUGAAACAUUGGGUAAUGAAGCUGGCAAGAAAGGUGAAAGUUCCAUUUCUAAUGCACAAGGUAAAAAUUCUAAUGUUGAUGUUUCUUUGGAACCAAAGGUAACUCCUCCGGCACCCUUUCCUCAAAGAUUGGUUCCUUUACAUAAAGAUAAACAUCAUGCUGAGAUUUUGGACAUUUUUAAACAAGUGCGCAUUAACAUUCCUCUUCUUGAUGCCAUUGAGAAAAUCCCCACAUAUGCCAAAUUUUUGAAAGAUUUGUGUACGGUUAAAAGAAGACUUAAUGUGAAAAAGAAAGCAUUUCUCACGGAACAAGUCAGCGCCAUUAUCCAGUCCAAUACUCCUCCUAAGUAUAAAGAUCCGGGUUCUCCAACAAUAGCUUGUGUUAUAGGAAGCUCCAAAAUAGGCCAAGCACUACUAGACUUAGGUUCUAGUGUCAAUUUGCUUCCUUAUAACACCUAUGAACAACUUGGUUUAAGAGAGUUGAAACCAACUUCUAUCAUCUUGCAAUUGGCCGACCGUUCAAUUAACAAGCCUAGGGGAGUGGUAGAAGAUGUGUUGGUGCAAGUGGAUAAAUUUUAUUAUCCUGUCGAUUUUGUGGUAUUAGAUGUUCAAUUAACUCCUCACUCUAUUUUUCAGACACCCGUCAUUUUAGGGAGGCCAUUUUUGGCUACUUCCAACGCUUUGAUAAAUUGCCGAAGUGGCAUCCUUAAAUUGACUUUUGGCAAUAUGACGUUGGAGUUAAAUGUGUUCAACACUUGUAGGCAACCACAGGAUUUGAAAGAACUCCAGGAAGUGAAUUGUUUGGAAUCUUUACUUGCUGAAGAAUUUUUUUUAGAGCAAGAGAGUCAAAUGGAACUUGUUUUACCUGGAACCUUAGAAAAUAGUGAAUUGUUGGAUACUAAUGCAGUAAAUUCUGGUGCAGGUAGCAAAAUGGACUCAUUGUGGCAACUUAAGUUCGAAGAUCUGCCACUUCAAUCCAUACACCAACAACCAUCGGAUGAAGUUCCUCCAUCACCGGUUUUGAAACCACUACCUGAAUCGCUGAAAUAUGUUUUUCUUGGGCCAACUAACACUUUUCCAUGUAUUAUCUCAUCUUCUUUGUCAGUUGAGCAAGAGGAGCAACUCCUACGGGUUCUUAAGCAACAUAAAGGAGCACUUGGAUGGUCGAUUGCCGACAUCAAAGGAAUCAGCCCCACUAUUUGCACACAUCGAAUUUUCUUGGAGGAGAAUUCAUCACCAACUCGAGAGAUGCAAAGGAGGUUGAAUCCUACGAUGAAGGAGGUGGUUAAAAAUGAAGUCUUGAAGCUCUUGGAUGUAGGUAUCAUCUAUCCCAUCUCGGAUAGUCAAUGGGUAAGUCCUACUCAAGUAGUUCCUAAGAAAUCUGGGGUUACAAUUGUGAAAAAUGAAAAAGAUGAAUUAAUCCUAACUAGGACCAUCACAGGAUGGCGCAUGUGCAUUGAUUUUAGGAAACUAAAUGUUGUCACAAGAAAGGACCAUUUUCCAUUACCAUUUUUAGACCAAACUCUGGAAAGAGUUGCGGGCCAUAGUUUUUAUUGUUUUCUUGAUGGUUUUUGGGGAUAUUAUCAAAUUGAAAUAUCUCCUGAAGACCAAGAAAAAACUACUUUUACUUGCCCGUUUGGAACUUUUGCAUUUAGGAAAAUGCCAUUUGGACUUUGUAAUGCACCCGCCACAUUUCAGCGAUGCAUGUUAAGUAUUUUUAGUGACAUGGUUGAGCAUAUCUUGGAGGUGUUUAUGGAUGAUUUUUCAGUCUAUGGUGAUUCAUUUGAUUCAUGCCUUACUCACCUCACUGCUGUUUUGGCUUGA